AUGUCGAUCGACCUACCACGGCUACACCGGCGGGUGACAACUCUCUCCCACUCGUUGGGGAAACAUACCUCGAGUCGUAGGCGGUUCGUGCCUCUCACCUUUUGGCGACCUUCACUUGCGACCUGGACCUCGACAGUCGUCCGAUCGCAUUCUACAUCGCCUCCAACGCGGCAUCGUACUCAAACACCCGGCUCCACGUGCACACCACGAUGCGCAAGAUGUUUCUCUUCCCAUGCACCUCGAACAGCACCCCAGCCAACCUCCCCGACCAUACCGAAACCCGUCAGUCCUCCGUCCCAUCUCCUCGGGUUCGGACUCGACCUCGGAGCAUCAGCUACGAUGCAGACUCUGACAUUCUUCUAGCUCCAACAGAGCCCUUCCCACUUUGAUCUCUCGCACUACCCACCCGAACGGAUCCGCAACUUUGCCAUCAUUGCCCACAUCGGUCAGUUCUCGACGCUUCCCCCCCACACUUUUUUCUCUCUGACCUGGCUUUUCGCGCUCUCUGACUCGCCUUCUUUUCCCUCUCUAGAUCACGGUAAAAGUGAGAGAAUGCAUACAGGCAGCCAUUCACGACACCCAGAGAAAGAAACUGACCGCCAUCCGACCCCCCUUACACCUCCAGGCACCCUCGCCGACCGCAUGCUCGAGAGGACGGGCACGAUACCGCCGACUCAAAUUUCACACGACCGACUCGAAGAAGCGCAAAAGAACGAACAGGUCUUGGAUACCCUCAAGGUCGAACGAGAGAGGGGUAUCACCGUUAGGGCUCAAUCGGCUUCGUCAGUUUCUUUGAUCCCCGCCGAUGCGACACUCGAAUAUCUCGGGCGAAGCACCAUUUUCUUCGUCAGGGCAGUCGGGCCGAGAGGGGAAGACGCUGACGCGAACUCUUUGACUUUGCCUGGGGAUAGUAUGUUCUACACCGCCCAAGACGGUCAUCAAUACCUUUUGAACUUACUCGAUACACCCGGCCACGCGGAUUUCUCCUCCGAGUUGUUGAGGUCCCUAUUGCCGAGUCAGGGCGCACUGUUGUUGGUUGAUGCGGCGCAGGUGAGCCAAGGAAGGAAGGGAGGGAGGGACGAGAAUUCUCUGGAGCUGAUGAAGGGGGCCUUUUGAUUUGUCGUGGAUUGCAGGGCAUCCAAGCCCAAACUCUGAGCGUCUUGGAUGAAGCGAGGAAGAGGAAUUUAACCGUGCUUGGCGCAGGUACGUCGAACACGAUGCUGAACCCAUUCCCAACAACCAUUUGAUCACUCAUCAAGGUCCUUCCCUCUACCCAGUCAACAAAUGGGACCUCGUCAAAGACGACGGACGAGGCGAGGCCGCCGUCCAAGAACUUGCCGCUUUACUCGGGUGUGAAGAAGACGAGAUCUUGCGCGUUUCGGCCAAGACGGGAUUGGGCGUACAGGAUGUCUUGGAAGGCGUCGUAGAGCGGAUCCCUGCGCCUUCGAAGGGGGACAAAGGGGACAAGUUGAGUGCGCUCGCGUUCGAUAGUUAUUUCGAUCCGUUCAGAGGGGUCGUUAGUUUGGUCGCGGUCGUGGAGGGGGAGGUCAAGAAAGGUACGUGGCAAUUCCUGCUCGAGGGACGUUGCCGUGGCUCAGAAGGACUGACCAUGCCCGUCGAUGUUUAGGCGAUUCGAUUACGUCGACAACGACCAAACAGGCUUACCCCGUCUUGGACCUCGGGAUCCUCUCCCCUCGCGAGAUUAGUAUCGCCGAACACAAAUCCCCCGCUUCGAGGAUCCUGAGAAAGGGGAUGGUCGGGUACAUCGUCUGCGCGAUGAAGGACGUUCAAGAUGGUGGGUCAACAAGAUCAAGCUUGAUGGGUAAAAAAGUAACUUGCAACUUGAGCUGAUGAACAUCCUUUCCUUCUAGCUUUCCUCGGCGACACCUUCCACCUCACCUCGCACCCUAAACCCGCUCUCGAGAGUUUCAAGCCUUUAAAAUCCAUGGUAUUUGCCGGCGUGUACCCCGUCGAACCCGGAGGAUUUCCCAAACUCGAAGACGCGAUCCGUCGUCUCACCCUUACCGAUCGAUCAGUGACGUCGAAUCGAGAGAGUUCGACUUUUCUAGGCCAGGGCUUCAGGUUGGGUUUCAAUGGGAGUUUGCAUAUGGAUGUGUUUAGGCAGAGGUUGGAGGAUGAGUAUGGCGAGGAGGUGAUUGUCACGAGACCUUUGGUGCCUGUUAAGAGUGAGUUGGCUUGCUUGUUGGAACACCAGUAGUGGGGACUCAUGCUUAACUCCUCGGGGUUGUCGACACCUUCUUACAGUCAUCUACAAGAAUGGCAAGGAAUCCAUCAUUGACAACCCGGAGGACUUCCCCGACCCCGCGGAAAUGAACAAAGUCACCUCCGUUCUCGAGCCUUUCAUCCGAGCCACGAUCGUCGCACCGGACGAAUACAUGGGAGCGAUCAUCAAUCACUGCACGACCCACCGCGGGGUACCCCUUUCGCACACCUAUCUUUCGACCGCCUCAACACCUUCGAACCUCUCCUCUUCAACAGGUCGCAUCACUCUCCUUUGGUCCCUGCCUCUAUCCUCAAUCGUCACCAACUUUCACGCCGGUCUCAAAUCCGUCACGUCGGGCUUCGCUUCCUUCGAUUACGAAGAAGCCCCUUAUGAAGAAUCUUCUCUUUGUCGACUGAACAUCUUGAUCAAUGGGACCCAAGUCGACGCUUUGUGUUCGGUCGUGCAUAAGAGUUUGGUCGAAAAGGAGGGGAGGGAGUGGACCAAGAGGUUGAAGGAGGUCGUACCGAGGCAGCAGUAUGAGGUCGUUAUUCAAGCCGCAGUGGGGAAUCAUAUGUAAGUUUGUGGGAAGGGGAGGGAUGGAGGUGAGGCGGAAUUUCGGAUCGUUGCUGAUUACGAGGAUGUUUUUUGGGGGGGCCUCACUUGAUCACAGCCUCUCUCGAGAAAGGUAUGUUUUUUUUAGACCUUGUCCACGACGGACACUCGUCACUGACUUCGCCACGUCCUUUGCCUUACAGGAUCGCCCCUUUCAAAAAGGACGUCACAGCAAAGCUGUACGGUGGUGACGUGACUCGCAAAGUAAAUAACUAUCUCGGUCUUUGACUUGUGCAGAUUCCCCGACGGUCGAGACUAACACAUUCCUUGUUCAUUGUUCUGCGGCGCACAGAUGAAGCUCUUGGCCAAGCAGAAGGACGGCAAGAAGAAGCUAAAGGAGAGGAGCAUGUACGUUCUUCGCUACCACACGGAUAUCUCCCAUCCCCAACAUUUGAUCCUGAUGCAGCAUUUAUUUCACCGACAGUGGUCGAGUAACGAUCCCAACCUCGGCAUUCUUCGCUGUUCUAGGUGGACAACAAGGCAAGCGGAAAGGAGGGUCGUAG